AUGGCACUUCCCCGGCUCCCACCCGUGCUGCUCCUACUGCUGUCCUUAGCCCUGGGAUCUGCUGGACAAGAAGGUCUCCAUCCAGCCCAGGACACUGGGGAGAGGAUCAUUAAUGGAGUUGUAUGUCCAAGAGGCUCCCAUCCCUGGCAGGUGGCCCUGUAUGCCUUCGAUGAGUUCCAUUGUGCAGGCGUGCUGGUCAACCAGCAGUGGGUGCUCACCGUUGCCCACUGCCGCCUGAGUGAGUAUAUUGUGCAAAUGGGGAGUGAUCUUCUGUUUGAUGGGCAUGCCCAGAGGAUCAGGACCACACAGUCCUUCGUCCACCCCUGGUAUAACCACAGCAAUUAUAAUUAUGACAUCAUGCUGUUGAAGCUGCCCAGCCCGGUCACGCUCUCACCCACUGUGAACACAAUUGACCUACCGUCCAGCUGCAAAGACCCUGGGACAAGCUGUACUGUCUCUGGCUGGGGCGUCACCACCGCGGAUGCAGCAACAAAUCCGUCAGAGCUCAUGUGCUCGAAUGUCAACAUCAUCUCCGCCCAGGAAUGCAAGCAGUCUUACCAGGACCUGUUGAAAAGAUACAUGCUCUGUGCAGUUCCCCCCGACGGGCUCUCAAACAGCUGCACAGUUCCCUGCAAGGCCUUGGUGUCUCCCGGCCAUGCCCCUUGUACGCUGCGCUUUGCGCCAGUGGUAUACACCCGCCUAUGCAAGUACCGCAAAUGGCUGUAUAAAACCAUGAAAGACAAUUCCUAA